UACUUUUGGACUCGGGAAAAAAUUCGGAAAAUAAUAAAACUUCAAGAUCGAGAGUCAGAGAGAUUGAGAGAGGCUUGUGAUAUCAACUUGCCUUGGCGUCGGAAAAUGGCAACAACUGUCGUGACUUCUCUCCCACAAUACAAUGGGCUGAGUCCCAAAGUUUCAGCAGCAGCAGCUCCUGUUCGAAGUCUGGCAGCAGUUCAACCAAUGAGGCGUAAGGGAAAGGGGGCCUUGGGUGCUCGCUGCGACUUCAUUGGUUCACCCACAAACUUGAUAAUGGUGACUUCUACAACCCUGAUGCUGUUUGCCGGAAGGUUUGGGUUGGCACCAUCGGCAAACCGGAAGUCGACGGCGGGACUAAGGCUUGAAGUGAGGGACUCAGGGCUGCAGACCGGUGACCCAGCUGGCUUCACUCUUGCAGAUACCUUGGCAUGUGGGAGUGUGGGUCACAUUAUUGGGGUUGGGGUUGUUCUUGGCCUUAAGAACAUUGGUGCACUGUAAAUUAUCUUUAAGAAGCUUCUUAUUUUCAUUCUCUUAUGUACGUUCUUCUUGUUUACAUGCAACAUGUACGUACUUGGUUUAAGAAUUCCGGAAAAACGUGUUUGGUAACAAAAGUUUAGGGUUAUGGAGUUGAAGUUUUGGCUA